UUCUUUUGAGAAUUAUUGUAUAUUUAAAAUUUUUCUUAUAAUUAAAAACCUAAUUUUUUAUUCAAUGUAAAAGUUUUUCUAAAAAAAAGGCAUUAAUAACUAUAAUUUAACUUAUUUCAAAAAUUUAAGUAAAAGUAUUUGUUUUAUAUUUUUGUAAAAUUUUCUAGUAAACUUUGUUGUAUGAAUUAUUAUUGAUUAAAACAAAGAUUAUUGCACCUUAAAUAUGGAAAAUAUAUUCAAUAAAGACCAUAAUGCUGAAUCUUCCGUUUAUAAAGAUUAUGGUCAAGAGGAUAUGUUUUUAGCCCCUGAACCUAAACGUUCAAAUGAUUAUCAAUUGUCAGAAGCAUACAACAAAAAGAAAAAAGACAAAACAAAAAAACAAAUUGAAGCAGAAGAACGAGAAAAAAUGAGAGUGUUAGUGUCAAAUUUUACUGAGGAACAAUUAGAUAGAUAUGAAAUGUAUAGACGUUCAGUAUUUCCAAAAGCUGCAAUAAAAAGAAUCAUUCAAACCAUAACGGGAAAUUCAGUAUCUCAAAAUGUUGUUAUUGCAAUGUCUGGAAUUGCUAAAGUAUUUAUUGGUGAAAUAGUUGAAGAAGCUCUUGAUAUAAUGGAAACUCAAGGUGACGUAGGACCUUUGCAUCCUAAACACUUAAGAGAAGCUGUUAGAAGGUUAAGAAAACGAGGUGCAAUUCCAUCAUCCAAAGGUAGAAAAAUGCCAUUUUACAUUUAAUUAAUUGACUGAAAUUAUCCUUGUAUAUGUGACAGAAUUUUAUAUUUUUUAUAUAAUAAUAUUAAAAUUGAGUGUAUAUAUAAUCAUUAUUGAGAUGUAUUAUUUUUUAAGUAUAAUAAAUAUAAUAAUAAUAUAAAAACCA